AUGGCGUCAGACUCCCUACGACCCGACUCCUCCCCGCAGGAAGCCGAUUCUGAACAGAGCCGACCGGCCGACAUUGCUGCUGAGGGUGAACAAUCAACCAAGCAGGGUUCAACAUCUCCCGAGGGCGCCGGCGGCAACGACUUCAAGAGAGACUCUAGCUCCCCCGAGUCUGGCGAGGCCAGCUCGACCGCGUCUCCCGCGCCUUCCGACGCUGGUGAUGAGAAAACCACUUCUUCCUCCGAUGCGCCGCCCCUCCCCAACGAGGUACCACCGCUCCCCUCAGGACCUCCUCCUGCGACCCAAGACGACGGCUGGGACUUCCAGUGGGACCCGGCCUCCCAGGCAUACUUCUUCUACAACCGCUUCACCGGCGCGACGCAGUGGGAAAACCCCCGCGUUCCCGUUGCCGCCGCCGCCGCUUCGACCAGCGCCGCCCCGGGUACGACCACGACCGCAGCGACGACCGCGCCCUUGGGCCCCCCUCCCCUGCCGACAAAUGACCUACCCCCCGCGGGCGGCUACAACCCCGCCAUCCACGGCGACUACGACCCGGACGCGUGGUACGCCAAGGGAAACACGGCCGAGGAGAACGAGGCGAACCAGGCGUCUUCCGCCGCCUACGCGGCCGAGUACGGCGCGAUCGCGCAGUUUAAUCGCUUCACCGGCCAAUUCCAGACGCUCGGCGAAGGCCCCGACCGCCACUCGGACGAGGCCAAGAGCAAGCGCCAGAUGAAUGCCUUCUUCGACGUCGACGCCGCCGCCAACUCGCACGACGGCCGCAGCCUCAAGGCCGAGCGCAGUGGCAAGAAGCCCAGCAAGGCCGAGCUCAAGCAGUUCAAGGAGAAGCGUCGGGCGAGGAAGGAGGAGAAGCGCCGGGCCUGGCUUAGGGACUAA